UAUUUGAAAAUAACGUCUGUUUCAGCCACAGGACGUAAAGAGAAAAAAGCUGAAAACAACACCAUGACGUCCAUCACUGAUCCCAGCUCCAGUGUCCGGUUCACCAGUGCAAUGGAGAAUAGCCACAACAAUCUGCUGAAAGAAUAUGGAGAGAUACUGGACACAUCUACAGAGUUGUGUCAGUCCCACAGACAGUUUGUGAAGUCUGCACUUGAUACAUGUUUAAAGAAAUGCAAGGAUGAUGAGAUGCUGUUUGAGACGAUACAGACGUACAAAAAGGAUGUUGAACAGAAGACUGUAUCAAUGAAGCAGAGACAACGUGAUAUUUCUGAGGUCGUAUCUGAGAUCCAGGAGAAGGAGAUGCAGAAAGAUGAAAUCAUUCAGAAAAUCGAAAAACUUAAACGGGAACAAGCCAAGAGAAAAGAGUUGAUUGUGUCUCAAAAUAAAGCAAACAAAGACAGACUGAAAAAUCUCCAGAAAGCCAGAAUAGUCUUUCAGGAUCAUUUGGGGAUGGAAAUACGGACAAUAAUUGGCAAAACACAAUUGGUUAAAGGUGAAAAGUUGCAGUUUGUUUUCCGGAAUAUCAACCCCUCAAACCAAGAGAGCGCCUACAUCGUCACAAUGGGGAUUAAGGAAGACGGAGCUUACCAGAUUGUGUCUAGUGACCCAGUGCUCGAGUGUUUGCCGGCAUUGGAACGUCAACUUCAGGAGACCAACAACUUACCAGCAUUCCUGGCAAAUGUCAGGAAGGAGUUUAUCUCUCAGGCACGCUGCUGAGAUCAGAACGAUGGAGCGACACACGUUCUUCCUGCUCCACUGUGGACUUACGUAAACAAGGAGGAACCAUAUGAGAAGAAGGAUCUUUUUUUAAAGACAGUUUUUAAUCGGUAUCUACAGACCUGUAAACAACACAUUAUCCAACGUCUGUGUUUAUGGAUCUACAGUACAGGUAUGUUCCAGGAAAAUAAUUGAAAAUUCACAUUUGAUAUUUUUUCAUGUAUUUAAUUAUUUUUCAGUAUAUUUUUAUUUUCCUGUGUUCCAUUAUUAAAACACAUCGAUUUUUUUUUUACAGUAAUUCACUUCGCUUGCAUUUCAUGUGGCUUAAAUAAUGAAAAAUUCUAACAACAAUGCAAAAUAACGAAAAGAAACAGUGACAAAAAUCAUCCUGUCGGCAAAGGAAGGUGUGUCAUCAAACUGAGUGCAAUUGGAUUUAUUAAUGAUUUUAAAACGAUGAAUAUCAUUAAGUCACUACAUGGAUGGGAACGUGAUCUGUUAAAAGACGUCUCUUCCAUUUCUUUGCCGUGCAUCGUAGAAGUGAAUCCUCAAUUCAUGGUUCCUUUUUAGUUUUUUAUAUAUUCAGGCAUCAGAUGAUUGGACGCUGUCUAACACAGGCAGCUCCUCCACAUAGGUUGAUGGGAAAUGUCCCGUCUCUCCAUUUAGUUGACCAAACCACCAACCAUUGUCCUCUCUGGUGUAAAUGUCCAGAAGAUCUCCUGUGAAAUACAAACAAGUCCUUACAUUCGUUUUUCCAUCUUCCUCUUCUGUCGCUUUAUAUCAUCUGCGUCUGAGUUGUAACUCACCUUCUGUCAAAGUCAGUUCAUCUGCCUGUUCAGAUUGGAAGUUGUACAGAGCCUUGCAUUUUCCUACACUGCAGAACGCUGCCGUUGUUUGACCUGUAAAUUGUUAAUAUUUUUUCAUGUUACUGUAAAUGUAUGUGGUUUUAAAUAAAUCUUAGCGUGUAUGAAAA